CCUCCACAUAAGCUGUUUUUACUUUGGAGUACAGUGCAUUCCUCUUAUUUCGUUGACGCUUAAGAUAGGGUUGGUAAACGCGAGCACAACUGUUCGAACAUGAGCCAUCACAAAGACGUCACCAGCAGAGCUCCCGGUCUGGCCCACUGCGUAACCAUCAGUCCUGCAACGACACGAACACAGUCACCCUCGACAAGCCCAUCACACCUCCCCCAUCUCACACCAGCCCUGCCUCCCCCAUCACAAAAGUAUCAGCAACCCAGAUCCCAUCUCUCCUCACCGGUCCAACCAUCCCACCUGACCACCCCUUCUCAUCAAAGCCCCAUCCAUCUCUUUUCCUCGCCCAUCUCAUUCGCUCCCACCGUUUCCCAAAAACCUAUACUCGCGGGUGCAACAAGGGCGAUUUGUGCCUGCGUCCCCCCGUCCCACAGCAGCAGAUGGCUGCAGGUCCCUGUAUCACGCACAUGAGCAGCCCUCGACCUUCUCGGCAGACUUUGUGGCUAUGCCCGCUGUUAAAGGCGAGGAGACGGAAGUGAUGGUGCACGUGUAGCAGGUAGGUGAGUGGACGUGUUACGUGUGU